GGUAGCACCUGGGAGCAAGGUUGUUUUCUGAGGCAUUUCCAGGAGACUGGGGUUGGAAUGAUAAACCCCCAGUCCGGAAGUGUCCUGCACCACUGGAAUGAAAUCUAUUACUUUGUGGAACAUCUGGCCCACAAAUUCAUAAGCCCUCAACUGAGGAUGUCAUUCAUUGUUUUCUCAACCAGAGGCUCAACUCUAAUGAGACUUACUGAAGACAGGGAACAAAUUCGACAAGGCUUGGAGGAGCUUCGGAAAGUCCUGCCGGGAGGAGACACUUACAUGCACGAAGGAUUUGAAAGGGCGAGUGAGCAGAUUUACCAUGAAAAUGUUCAAGGCUACAGGACGGCCAGUGUCAUCAUAGCGCUGACCGAUGGAGAACUUCACGAGGAUCUGUUCUUCUACGCAGAGCGAGAGGCUAACCGAUCCCGCGAGCUGGGAGCCACUGUCUAUUGUGUUGGCGUGAAAGAUUUUAAUGAAACUCAGCUGGCGCGCAUCGCCGACAGCAAGGACCACGUCUUCCCUGUGAAUGAUGGUUUCGAAGCCCUCCAGGGGAUUAUAGACUCUAUUUUGAAAAAAUCGUGCAUUGAAAUUCUGGCUGCCGAGCCUUCUCGAAUCUGUGCAGGAGAAUCCUUUCAAGUGGUUGUGACGGGAAAUGGCUUCCGACACGCCCGCAAUGUGGAUCGGGUCCUCUGCAGCUUCAGGAUCAAUGAGACCGUCACACUCAAUGAGAAGCCGUUUGUCGUAGAAGACACUUACCUGCUCUGCCCUGCGCCAGUUUUACAAGAAGUUGGCAUGGAAGCCGCUCUUCAAGUCAGCAUGAACGACGGUCUCAGUUUCAUCUCCAGCUCCGUCAUCAUCUCCAGCACUCACUGUUCUGAUGGGACCAUCCUGGCCAUCGUGCUUCUGAUCCUCUUCCUCCUGCUGGCGCUUGCUCUGCUGUGGUGGUUCUGGCCGCUUUGCUGCACCGUGAUUAUCAAGGAGCCGCCCCCGCCUCCUAUGGAAGACAGUGAGGAGGAAGACGAUGACGGUCUUCCCAAGAAGAAGUGGCCAACGGUGGAUGCCUCCUAUUACGGCGGACGUGGGGUCGGGGGUAUCAAGAGAAUGGAGGUUCGCUGGGGAGAAAAGGGUUCCACGGAAGAAGGUGCUAAGCUAGAGAAGGCCAAGAAUGCCCGAGUCAAGAUGCCGGAGCAGGAAUAUGAAUUCCCAGAGCCCAGGAACCUCGGGAACAACAUGAGGAAGUCCACUUCGCCACCUAAGUGGUACUCGCCCAUUAAGGGAAAACUGGAUGCCCUCUGGGUUCUGCUGAGGAAGGGCUACGACCGAGUAUCUGUGAUGCGGCCACAGCCAGGAGACAAGGGUCGGUGCAUCAACUUCACCAGAGUGAAGACUUCUCAGGCGUUGUGGCCGGUUCCAUCAGAGGGCUACUGUGCCGCUGCCGUCAGGGAUGGCCAGAAACAGGAUUUGGCCGGGGAGCAGCAGUUGAACCUGAUCCUGCUGAACAGCUGA